UACCCGCGUGUUGUCUAAAACUGUGACCUUUUAAACUGUGAGUGUGACCUCAGUGGAACAGUGUACAGUAAAACACAACACCUCUCGCGUACCGGUGCGAUCAGAAACUCACAAUCGUCGAACAAUUGUAGAUCGUAGCACGAUUUGGAUACGUUUCAAGCAGGCAGUGUGACAAAAGUAAGUUCCAACAACAGACAAGGAUGCGAGACAACAUUUUAGUACCAUUGCUGCAGAGACACCUUACGGUUGACCCGAGCACUGCAACAAUGGCCGCCGGCAGCUGUUCCGUCUAGUAACCCCACUCCACCGGGAGGCCGGGUGCCGUUUCUAGGAUGUAAUCGAUCCAUUCUGUCGACCGCCAUGCAUGUGUUAAGCCUACCUCGACCGGCAUAAUUACCGAACACAUAACCGCGUAUCUUUUAAACGUUUUCUAAGCUUCAAACGACGGAAAAUUCAUCGUGAAAUCCACACCAGGCCCUCUGUCCUCAAAGUUAAAACGUCAUGGCUGUGGAGCUGUUUCAUUGGCUGAUCGUGGGCGGCGCCUUCGCCGUCUCGUUCCCAAUCUUCACCAUCCUCACGCCUGCCAUCUUCAGGCGUCUCGUUCCCGGGUUCGAUCAACUCAACCCGAGAAAAGACUUUCUCAUCAAAGAUGCAGUGCUGUCAAUCUGCCACGUGUUCGUCAUGGCAACGCUGGCCUGGUACGCCUGUCUCUGCACCGACCAAGUGCCUCAUGACGUCAUCUGGCACGAGUCAUCACUGGUGAAGAUCAUGAACUCCCUCAUGGUUGGAUACUGCGCUGCUGCCUGCCUGCUGAUGAUAUGGUACCGAGUAGUGGACCAGGCCAGCUUCCUUCACCAUCUCGUGUCAACAUACACUGCCUACAUAUCAUUGACGUACCCUUGUCUACAUUACUACGCCAACAUCUGUUACAUGAUGGAAAUAUCCGGACCUUUCGUCAACACUCGAAUGAUUCUCAAGCAGCUAGGCGAUCAAAAUUCUCCCCUUUUUAUUUGCAACGGACUCGCCAUGGUUGUGACGUUCUUCUUCGGACGGGUGCUCUCAACCAUCGUUGCCACCUACAACCUCAUCAGGCUCAUGGUGACGGACUCCCAGCAGUUCUUUCAACUUCCGGUACCCGUCCUGCUUUGCUACGUGGGCGGAUGUGCCCUCUUCAACACCCUCAACUACUACUGGUUUUUCAAGAUUUUGCGCGGUUUUGUCUCCUUCUUCAAGAAACGUCAAGUAUAGAACAUCUUCAGCGUUCUUCACCAAUGAGGACCAAACGGAGUCAUAGUCAACCACCAACGAGGUUUUCCAAUGGAAUAACUGACACAAUGAUACGCAAUAACAGACGCUUGUUGCAAAAGAUUAAAAAUCAAGUUUGUACAUAUUUAUUGUUUUUUUUAAUACUUUACACCUUUGUCAAACUACUGUGCAAUAACUUGAGCGUCUGCUGUAAUAACUUGUAUAAUACGUUUUUUUUCUAUUCACUUUUGGACAGACGAGGACUGUGUGGCACUGCACUUAAGUUAGUAAUUUAUUAUUAACAGUGCCAGAUGUAAUGUACAUUUGAUAUGCAGCUAAAGAUGAAUCAUUUAUCAUAUAUCAUAAUGAUAAUGUCAUACUCAGUGUUAUAACUGAAAAGCCUAAUAUCUAUAAACACUAGUAAUAUCUGUUAUUACCAGACAUGAAAGCCCCAUCGUUAGGAAUGAUAGCGUGCUGUAUGCACAGGAGCCAUGGAACGUGUUGUCUUGCCCAUUGCAUUUAAGAACUACCAACAGUAAUGAUACGUCAUCGAAGACACCCAAUGGACUCUGAGAACACAAUCAUCUAAGCGUUGUGUACUAAGGGUGGGUACCUGUGCGGUUCAUCGAUACAAAAUCGAUUUUCUUGUUGGACAGGUUCAGAAAAAACCCGGACCUGAUCAAAAAAUCAGUUGACCGGAUUUUGGACCAAUUAGAAAAUGGACGGCUUAUACCGGCAGCUGUUGACGAGUUUGUGGGCUUACAGGUCCAGAGGUAAAAAGAGUGAAGUGCAGGAGAGUUGAUGGUCAUUUUUACCAAGUUUCUACAGUCAGACGUGGUCUUAGUUAAGUUAAGUCCACGCCAGUGGAAGUCGGAUACUCCACACAAAAAAUCCUUCAAGGCAAAAUGAGUAUCGCCCAUUCACAAGCUCUCACAGAUAAUUAGGUCUAGGUUCAGUUCCGUACCUGGACCUGAUCCUCUGGACCUGGGCCGUACCUGUACUUGGAUUUUCUGUACCGGUACCCACCCCUGUUCUGUAGUCAAAGCGACGUUCAUGAUUUCUUACAAUCCUGUACCUUGUAGCAUCUCUUAAAUGUACACCAAAGCUUGAGUUUGAUAAUCUUAACACAUCAGGUAUAUAUUCUUCCACAUUUGUGUGUUUAAAGUCUACAUAUUUGGCUACGGCUUGUUUAGCACGAUGAUCUUUGUAUUAUAUAUGUGAGCAGGGAUGCAGUCAAAUUUUCUGGCUAUCUCUCCACCGUUUUUAUCAUAUAAACUGUUGCAUUGAUCUUUGGUCCUAUGGAAUCAUUCAACCCAAACGACUUUAUAACCCAUUGAUGUUGUACAAAAUUGUUCUUGAUUUAACCAGUUUUGGUUAUUACUAUGCUAUGGAUAAAGUAAUAUCAAGCAAGAAUCUGAUCACAAUGUACUACGGUAUAGAUUAACUCAUGAAAUCAUUAUGCAUGCAACUCUAUGAGUCCGGUACUCGAAUAACUGACGACCUCAUUGGAGGGAAAAAGAUUUAAUAUAUAUCAAGUAUACAACAUGCAUGUAACGUAUAGUGUUGCAGUAAUAUAAUACAUAAAUUCCUCAUGGAAGAAAAGCAAGCAGACCCAAGAGAAACUGAAAUAUACAAAAUGGGACCUCACUAAAUUGUCUGUCUGUAUAUGUAUAUCCACUAUUUGUGCUUUUUAUCUUCAGUUCACCUAUAGUUUAGCAUGUAUGAAUUCAACACGUAGAAACAUCUGUAGCCCAAUUGACAUGUACGUAAUCAAGCAAUAAAAGUAAGAUACAUUUA